AGGUAUUCCUCAUCAUCACCAAUCUGCAAUCAAAGUCUAAAUUAUCUCUUUUCAGUGACCGUCCGACAAUACCCCGAGAAUGGGGCUCAUCCUUUAAGAAGGCAAGCUCUGGUUUAAAAUAAGGUAAAUCUAGAUAUUGGAGUGAAAUAGGAAAGUAUCACAUUCCACGUACAGAUAAAUCAUUCCGAUCUCCUGCAACAGUAGUGUGAUACCCAAGAAGGUGGGAAUGGAUGAUUUCUGGAAAGGCAUUAAUCUCUCCCCCGUCCACUCGCCCGCCGCUGCCGCCACCUACCUGCCGGCGUUCCCCUCCGGCGCCGGCUUCUCCCACGUACCGGGGCUCCUUGAAUUUCUACCUCUCCUCCCUGAAAUCGGCGGAUCCACAAGCUCCCCACGGGCCGCAGUUUCCUCCGGCUCUCAACCCGCCCCUCCGCCGCCGCCGCCGCGGCCUGUCAGAAAACGAAAGCCGGUAAGAGACGGCUGCUCCGAUCCCGAGCGCCGCCACCAACGCUUGAUUAAGAACAGGGAAUCCGCCGACCGUUCCCGAGCCAAAAAAAUUGCCUACACAGCGGGUUUGGAGAUAAAGAUGCAAUAUCUAACGCAAGAGAAUCAAAAGCUGAAGAUGCAAAGGGUCAAGCUGCUGACUGCUGGGAUUCCUCCUGCGCCCAUAGUGCCACCAGAACCAGAAAAGGACAAAAAGCUCUGCAGGAGUUUGACAUUUUGAGGAGAAAAUUAAAGAAGAAGGGGUUAAAAAAGGAAAUUUUUUUUGUUGAAGGUAAAAAAAAAGAAAUUGAAAAACUGUAGUAAAAAGAGAAUGUACUGUGCCUAGUUGGCAUAUUUACAUUCCUAGCGACGACUGGUUAGAGAGUGGGACCCAGCCAGCAGUGCUGUUGUACGCAGUUGUUGGAUGUAUAGUGGGCCGUACAUAGUGUUGUGUCUCUCGAUCUGUACGAGAUAUUUUCCACCCUAGUCCGGGGCAAGGUUGGCUUUGGGUUCGUUAGGGACUCCUCCAUCCUAAAACUUUCUUUCCUUUGCGCAAAACGAAGAAAAAUCUUAAAUUUUUUCAAUCUAUUUUAUUUAAAUAUUGGUAUAGAAAUAAAAAAUAAAACAUACAUAUUUAAAAACUACAUCAAAAUUUCAACAAAACAAGUGGUGACAAGAAUAUUUUAUUUUAUCAUAUAUGCCAUGAAAAAACACAAAUAAAUAUAAAUUUCCGUGAAGUUGGAAUAGUGCUCUGGGAAGAAAGUUUUAGGACGGAGGGAGUAUUUCUUUCGUCUUAUUUUAAAUUGAAUGUUUCGAUUUAUAGUGUAUGACUUAAAUUAUUUUUUGAAAUCAUUUUAUAUAAAAAAUAAUAUAAAAUUGAAAAAUAAAAAUAUCACACUCCCUCCGUUCUAAAGCUAUUUUCUGAGUUACUAUUUAUACGGUCAAACUUAAAUCAAUUUCUUAAUUUAUUUUCGUUAGUUAUUUGAUAAAAUAAUGUAAUCAUUUCACUUUCUUGUUAUGUAAAAUUUUUGAUGUACUUUUUAAAUAUAUGGAUUUUAUUUAUUAAUUUUACACCUACAAUCAAAUAAAUUGAAUUGAAAAUAAAGUCGGCCAAACUUGCAAACACAAGCGGAAAGAUAGUUUUAGGACGAAGAGAGUAUUUAAAAAUUAGAUUAAUAGAUCUACAAAGUUAGAGCAAGAUGGUUACUCCAUUUGUACAUCAUACUUUGACAGACACGCAAUGUCUGUGCACGACAUUGUGUGUCUGCGUGUAUCUACGAAAGUUUGAUAUACAAAUGUGAUACUCUAUCUUAGUGUAUCCCUCAUAAAUGGACAAUUUAAUUUGAGAUGAAAAUGACUCCAAGUAUGUAUAUACCAAUUUGGCACACUACUCAUUCCCCACCAUAUAUUUCUUAUCUACUCUCCAAUAUUUUUGUCUACGUUCAUCUCCCCACAUCAACUCUAUACCAUUAAUUACUACUCUCCACCAUGGCACCACUCUUCCUACAAUCUUAUACUCCCUCCGUCCCGGAUUAUUCUUCUAGUUUUGACUUUUGGAACUGUUUAUCUAAGCACUUUGACUCAUCAAAUUCUCUCAAUGUGUAAGCCUAAAUAUAGUCAUGUGUGAUCU